CAGGAAGCAAUGGCCACGAAAAACGAUCAACAGCCUCCUUCGCUUAGAAGGCGACAUGUACGUGAAGAACACAGAGAGGAGGUUCAAAAUGUCAAAAAUGAGAUGAAAGAAGAUAUCAAGCAGCACCGUGGACUAUAUUUAGAGCCUGGUACAUACUGGCUUACACGCAUUGUCUUCCUAAGGUCACUGGGAUUUAUUUAUUUUGUUGCAUUUCUGGUCGCAUAUCAUCAGAACAAACAGCUUGUUGGAAAGGAUGGCCUUCUCCCAGGGGAUCUCUUUCUCAACAGAAUCAAAGAACAUACAGGUGGUUUAAAUAUAGAUACAUUCACAAUUGCUCCGACCAUCGCAUUCUUCUUUGACUAUGAGAAGUAUUUAGAUCUGAUUCUUGAUGGAUUAGCUGUCUCAGGACUUGUGAUGUCAUCAGUUUUAAUCUGGCGAGGUUCGGCCAAUAUCAUAUUAAUGCUCAUGAUGUGGAUUGUCUAUCAUUCAAUAUGCAACAUUGGACAGCGCUGGUAUGGAUUUGGUUGGGAAUCACAAAUACUAGAGACUGGGUUCCUUGCAGCUUUUAUGUGUCCCUUAUUCACCACCCGGCAACUUCCCCGUAACACACCAACUUCCCGGUUCACCAUAUGGGGCUACAGAUGGCUAAUCUUCAGAAUAAUGCUUGGUGCUGGCCUCAUAAAAAUACGAGGAGACAAAUGUUGGAGAGAUCUCACAUGUAUGGAUUACCAUUAUGAGACCCAAUGUGUGCCAAAUCCGAUGGCCUAUUUUAUGCACCAAAGUCCAGUGAUUUUUCACAGAUUUGAAACCCUUACCAAUCACUUUGUUGAGCUGAUUGCGCCUUGGUUUAUAUUAUUACCAUUUAGACGACUAAGAAUCGCUGGCGGAGUUAUCCAAAUAUUGUUCCAAGUGCUCAUAAUUAUAAGUGGUAAUUUGAGCUUUCUGAACUGGUUAACAAUUCUACCUGCAAUUGCAUGUUUCGAUGACAAAUCAUUGGCAUUCCUGUUCUCUAACAAAGUGACAGGUCUCAAGAUUCGUGUCAAGCAAAUCCAAAUAGAGGUUAAUCAAAAAUCAGGCCCUAAUCUUACAAUAGGAUGUUACAUCAGAAAAGUAUUUAACUUAAGUCUAGGACUACUCAUUGCGUAUCUCAGCAUCCCAGUUGUCCAGAACUUGAUGUCUACAAGACAAGCCAUGAAUACAUCCUUUGAUCCAUUAAGGAUUGUCAACACAUAUGGUGCAUUUGGCAGUAUAACAAAAGAGAGGACUGAGGUGAUCUUCCAAGGUACUCACAGCAUCAACCCAAAUGACCCUGAUGCAAAGUGGGAGGAGUAUGAGUUCAAGUGUAAGCCUGGUGAUGUGUUUCGAAGACCUUGCCUUAUUUCGCCAUAUCAUUACAGGCUUGAUUGGCUCAUGUGGUUUGCUGCCUUCCAAAACUACCAACAAAAUGAUUGGCUGAUCCACCUAGCUGCUAAAUUCCUAGUGAAUGAUAAAAAUGCAACAUCGCUUAUAGCAUAUAAUCCAUUUGAGGGGAGAGAGCCACCAAAAUUUAUUCGAGCAGAACACUUCAGAUACCAGUUUACAAAGAUCGGCUCUAAAGCAGCACAAAAGGGUCAGUGGUGGAAAAGAAAACAUAUCGGGAAUUAUCUUCCUCCACUUUCAUUGGACAGUUUAAAAGAUUACAUAAAACAAAAACAUUGGAAGCAUCCACAGUUACCGCGGUGACAUUAUUCCUCCAUCUUGUCCUCAUGUCCAAAUAUGGACAUUGCAUUACAAUGUGAUAGCAUUUAAAUUAUAGAACUGUAUUAAGUACAUGUUGUAUUUUAGGGUGGAGGUCCAAAAAGCUGUAUGAUAACAAUGUGUUUCCUAUAACCCUGAUUGUCCGAGCCUAUUGCAUUUAACAUUAGGCUCUUAACAGGAGAGAUAAAUAUACAGUUUUGAUGCUCAUAAGAUCUCAUUGACCCUAAAAGUAGCUGUCAUGGCCUUUACUAGGAGUUUCAUUACGAAAUGAAUGCCAGGUACUCAUGACAGCAUUAAAUUGAGUGAAUACUGUUUCGAUUUUGAUUAGGUAGCUGGAUUUUUAAUUUUUAUAGUCCAUAUUUUCAGUAUUCUGAUUUGUUAAUGUAGAUCAAAGGAUUAUCUGUAUAUCACAGAGAGAGUAGAUGAAGCUCUCUUUUAAAGAGGCAAUAUCAAACUAUGGGAAAGGGUAGUGUUCUAUGAAUAAAAUUGUUUGUUGACCUACUUCCCGACCUACUUCCAUAUAUGGUGUUAUCUUUAAAAUGAUACAUACUCCACAUUGAGGUACAACACAUUGGACAUUACAAUUGCAUAUAGUAUCCCGGAAACAUAGUGAUGGUUUACAAGUGAAAAUGUUUUGAUUGUUUCAAUUAAUACACUGUCACGAAGUUCCACUUUAAAAUGAUAUAUACAAAUUGUUGUAACUUAUGUGACUCUUGUACCAUAUUUAAAUGUUGGUUGUGGUUGUGGAUAUUUCUUUGGAUGAUAGACGUUUUAAUCGACUGCAUUUUUUUGUGGAUUGUUUUUACCCACAUUAUAUAUUUUAAGAUAUUUCGUUGUAUCUUUUAUUUAAUGAAAGGUAACACUAGACAUUUAUUUUUUGCACUUUAAAAGUGCUACAGUAUAUUGUAAUGGUAAUUUGUAAUACUGUCUCCAAAGCAAACAGCUCGUGUGUUUUCCAGUAACAGAGAAAUCAUCAAAAGUGAAUGCCAAUGCAGAAAACAUGAUUUUCUGAAUUCAGAUGAAAUAGUGCAUGAUUGAUUUAAAUUGGGUCUUUGGAUUUGGCUUUGAUCAAGCAUGUUUUAAUAGUAACGUGUUACACGUCCUUGGUAAAUGUAUAGCCUAGUUUAAUCGUAAACUUAUAUCCCGCAUGCUAAUUUAUAGCUAGUUGAAUGCAAAACAGGACUUAAAACAAUUUAUGAUCCCCAAGUCUGAUUUUUGUUCAAAACAACCAAGCUGAAUCAACAAAGAAUGAAAUAAAAAACAAUAAAAUUCUAAAAAUGUCUUAAGUGUUUCAUGAUUUGUUUAUUGUUCAUGUCCCAAAUAAAUAAAGUCAUUGACAUAUAUCCAAG